CCAGUGUGUUUAAAUCAUCACCAACCUGCCAGAGCCAUACCCAAAUAAAUGCACCUCAAUACUAAAGUAAUAAUAUGUCAAACACAUUUUAUUUUAACCUCCUCUUUGUGACUACUUUCUUAUAAAGGGCUAAAUCCCGAGCAAGAUCACAUAAAAAAGACUCAGCUCAAACCAAUCACUCUUUUUCUGGCUAACAGAGCUCAUAAAUGGGAGAAACAGAAUUUUGCUGCCACAAACCAUUAUAUUCUCAUAACCAGCUGCUCCUGCUGUCUUUUGUCUUCAUGCUUUUUUUCCCUCCAUUUUCUUCGAGUUUUUCUUUUGACUUUUAUGCCACGUCAUGCCCGGCUGCUGAGAUGAUGGUGAAAAAUACCGUCCGAUCAGCUUCCAAUUUGGAUCCAACGGUUCCCGGAAAGCUCCUUCGGUUGCUUUUCCAUGACUGCUUUAUUGAGGGCUGUGAUGGAUCUGUGUUAUUACAAGGAAAUGGAACUGAAAAGAGUGAUCCAGCCAACAAAUCUCUAGGAGGAUUUUCAGUGAUAGACUCAGCUAAACGAGUGCUCGAAAUAUUUUGCCCCCAAAUUGUCUCUUGUGCUGAUAUACUUGCAUUGGCUGCUAGGGACGCCGUUGAAUUUGCGGGUGGACCUAAUAUUCAGAUCCCGACUGGGAGGAAAGACGGUAAAAUUUCUGUAUCUGCAAAUGUCAGACCAAACAUUAUAGACACAAGUUUCACGUUAGAUGAGAUGGCUAAGGUUUUCUCUGCCAAGGGAUUAUCUAUGGACGACCUCGUUACCCUCUCAGGAGCACACACAAUUGGAAGAUCUCAUUGCAACUCAUUCAACGACAGAUUCAACCUCGACUCUGACGGAAACCUCACGCUGAUUGACUCAUCGUUAGACCGACAAUACGCAUCCCAACUCACGAAAAUGUGCCAGGCUGGCGCCAGCGAUGAUUCGGUCACGGUCGAAAACGACCCUGCUUCACCACAGCAGUUUGACAACAAUUACUACAAGAUUCUGUUGGAACACAGGGGACUUUUCCAGUCAGAUUCCGCGUUGCUUAACGAUGUAAGGACAAGAGAUCGGGUGAUGGAAUUUGCAGACAGUCAAGAUAGUUUCUUUGAGAGCUGGGGUGUGUCCUUUCUGAAACUUGUUAGUGUCGGUGUGAAGACAGAUGAAGAUGGGGAAAUUAGGCAAUUAUGUGCUGUGUCUAAUGGAUGAAAAUUUGCUAGCAUGAAUAUUUGCAACAAGCUUUUGUGAAGUGUCUCUUAGAAAAUCAAACCUAAGCUCUAAAAAAUUCUCUUAGAAAAUCUUAAAAUGUCUUAGAGCUCUCUCUCUCACUCUAUCUCUCUGUAUCAUUAGAAUAAAGUAAUGAAAAAUUCCGAUUAUAUGUGCUUCCUUCUUUUGUAAUGGUUUUUCAUUGAUGUUAAGUUUCCUUCAUUGCUAGGUCUUCAAGAUCUCCAUAAUCAUAUUUAUUUUGAAAGUUCAAAGUCAUGUAAGAAAAUGAGUUUCCUUAAUCCUGAAUUCGGCGGAUCUUGU